UUUUACAUUAUUAUUAUUAUUAUUAUUAUUAUUUAUUACACUGUGAUGUAAUGCGGUGUUUGUACAGUUAUGGAGAUUUAGUCAGCUCGCAAUGUGUCACUUUUUGGCCCUCGUGCCAUUACGGACGGCGCACGUGCGCCACACGCACAAGCACGCAGGCACGCACGCGCGCACCGGCAGGAGGAAUUACGCUUGUGUGUGUGUGCGCGCGCACCAAAACUCGUCCUGGAACGCUUUCUUAAGCCAAGCCAGAAAAAAGGACAUGAGCAUGACCAACUCCGGUAUGUGACACACACACAUACACACACACACACUCUUCUGACUCGUGGGUAAACCGGGACAGCUGUUACCGGGAGACGCGGCAGUGAUGGCCCGGUGGAGGAGAGCUCGCGCACGAAGAGAGUGAGCGGCGUCGCCAUGCUCUCGUGCAACACGAGCGCGAUCAAGGACUGGAGCUUCUUCCUUUCCCACAUCCUGCCGCUGGUCAACCGGUCGGCCGGGCUCGUGCACCGUGGCGUGGAGGAGGCGGAGGCGGUCACGGCGGCCGUGGUGACUGUGGCGCUCGAACCCGCCAGCCGCGCGCCCGCGGACUCCAAUCACACGGAGCGCGUGUACCAGUACGCCUACUCGGAGGGGGACGCGCUCGUGCACGCGGGCCGAGAGCCGCCCGACCGGGAGCCCGUUCCUCUGCCCAAAGCCGUGCUGUACCUGCUGAUGGCGGCGCUCGUGGUGGUGCUGGUGGCCUACGCCAUAGUGGGACAUCUGGUCAAAGAUCUGCUGCUCGAGUUUGUAGAGUGGGUGUUCGGUCCUCGCUCGGCGAACCACAGGAGUAAAAGCGACGUGAGCUGCAUCACCAUCGGCGCCAGUGAGAUGAACCGACUCCCACGUCUUCAGGAAACGAACCCACACCAGUACAUCAGGCAGAAUCACUCGUUCUGCUCCGGCGCCGUGAAGCCCGAGGAGCUGGUGCUGAACAUAGACCAACCUCCACGCCAUUCACAGAUACACACGGGGACCUAGCGGUGGUACAUAGUCUCCUACAUUCUGAGUGUGUGUGUGAAUGUGUGUGUGUGUGUGUGUGUGUGUGUGUGUGUGUAUGUGAUGUACCAGGCUGGAGUGACUGCUAAAGGAUUAAGCCGGAAUCAAAAACAUUUUCGUUUUCCCAUUGACUUAUAUAACAGAUUUGGGUUUUUUUUGGCUUACACACACACACACACACACACACACACACACACACACACACACACACAAUGUAUUUUUAUUGUUUUGAUCCUUGUUACUGAGCUCGAUAACACAGAAGUGAGCACUCAAAAGAUUGUGUGUGUGUGUGUGUGUGUGUGUGUUUUAAAAUAUACAAAUAGAGUAAAAUAUAUAAAGUUUAUAAGCGUAAAUGCACAGUAGACUUUGUUGGUCUCCACAUCAUGAGUCGGUUACUGAUGAUCGAGUGUUUGGUUCCGUCAGUGACGUGAAAGAAGCAAAAAAACACUGUAUAUAAAAUAACAGAAUCAAUAGUUUAGAUAUUCCACGUUUCUAUGCGUCGUGAAUUUACAUCUCUUUAUACUCUAUAAGGGCUAUGUUUCUCAGCUGUGUGUGUGUGUGUGUGUGUGUGUGUGUGUGUGUGUGUGUGUGUGUGAGAUUGUCCCAAUGAAAGAUCUUUCAAUAGUGUGUGAAUAAAAAAACGCUCAGAUCACAAAA